CGAACUGUAGCAAUCAAAAGACUAAACAAGAGAAGUGUUCAUCUUACUCGAGAAGUUCUUAUUCAACUCAAACAGGUGAUAUCAACUUUUCUCACUUUCUUUUCUUAUUGCAUGAGCGUGCCAUUAAUUAUUUGAAUAUUCACAAGCUAGAGAAAAACAGACUAAACAUAUGCGAAAAUGAAUUUACGUUGCAUCGGUAUUCAUCUCAAUAUGACACCGUCUUUCUUCAAGAAAAAAGUUAAAAUUACUUUUUAGUGUUGUUUUCAUCUAAGUGGCGAAACAAUUAGUUUUGGUUUUGGAUAGUUUUGGAUUGGAUGCUUCCGUUGUAAUUGACUAAAUUAGCCAGAGUUUGGAUUGAUUUUAUUUCAUUUGAUUGAAAACUGCUUUAUUUUGCUCAGUUAUUCGGGUAUCUGAGGUUUCUUUCUCCAUAACAGGUGCGAGACAUCACACAUGAAAACCUGAAUCCCUUUAUUGGAGCCUGCAUCGAGUCACCCAACAUCAUGCUGGUUUGGUCGUACUGCAAAAAAGGAAGUUUGCAGGUAACGUGUUUCACUUCUUCCCUUCGAUUUUAUUUCAAACGUAUAGACUCUUCCACGGUUUUUUGAUUGGAACCAGUCAGCGAAAAUCCGUUAACACAACAGAAGAGAACGCCUUAAGAUCAGCAAAGUUGCCAAGAUUGAAAGAGAUUUGUUGAAAACAAACGAAGAUAUACCUUUGCAAAGUCGCGGAAGUUUAGAGACGUUUGUAUGGUGGUGCAAAGGGUAGGUGCAAAGUCUUAGACGUGAAAUAAGUCGGUUUUUCUCAUUCAAAUAAAAUUGAUUUUCACAUGAAAGAUUUUGCACUUGGUCUCAUUUCCAAAGCGAGGGUUUUUGAAACUGAGAAAUGGCUGCCACGUACCCAGACGUCUCUCUCUCGAUGCGUGCAAAGGAAGGCGGGAAGGAGAAAACGGGCUUCGCCUUUCGUUUUUCAUCUUUCCUUGAUCCCCUGCGCUUCGUCACCAGUCACUCGCGUUUCGCGCUCUCCUCUUCUGUGCAAAAAACGAAACACCUGAGAAGGAGGCUGGAGAAAUAACCUGUUUGGUUAUAGCCUAAGAAAACACCCGACAUUUCGCCACUCUACUGGUGGUUUCCCCACGAAAUGACGUCUGAGAAACGAGCGCAGAACUCCAUACUGAAAACGCGUCACUAACCAGAUUUGGUAGCGCUUCUGAUUGAUUAGAAAUUUGUUUCAACCAAUCAGAAGUACUGCUGUGCUGUAUUCUAACAAUCAGAGUUUCUUCGUUAGGAUGUCCUGGCAAACGAUGAAUACAAAAUCGAUUACGGAUUCAAACUGUCAAUGGCAAUUGACAUAGCUGCGGUAAUCAAAGUUAAUUAAUAACUCUUACUACCGUGAUAAAGCAUGGCUACAUGGCAUUUACGAGCAGCAGGUGCAUUUCAUACUUGAAAGUAAAAGGUGUUGAGCUAUCUUCUCUUUGCGGUCAAUCUCCUUGAGCUUUAUAAAAAUAACCACAUUGGCAGCUUUGUCUAUGCUCUCUAUCAUAAUUUGGGACCCUCUCUGAGUCUAGGGCUUACCCGUACCCUAAAGUAUCCAUGGAAAAAAGCCUAUUAUGUUAGAUGUUAGCACACAAUUUUCAAAAAUUAUUUUAUUGGAAUUGCUCGAUGCAUCUAGCGCUGUUGGUAAUAGUCUGUAAGAAAAUCUAGAAAACUAUUAAACCCCUAAAUUUUCGUUGGUCAAGAGUCCUUAUACAUGAUCCACCGCUUCAUAUAAACCAAUGUGAAAUGUCAGACUUACCCAUACAUACGAAGUUGUUGUAUUUUAGCGAGAAUGCGACGUUAUCGUUCAAUAUUGCAGUGAUCUGUCCAUAAGUUAAUUAACAGCAGUUAAAAUCUUAAAAUGUUGUAUCAGGGUAACUACUAGCAAACAAGUGUAUCAAGUAUCAAAAGGCACAUGAAAUGAAAAUCCCACUUUUCAACCGAUGUACGUGUUUCAAGUUGAUGACUGAAGUGUUUCUAUUUCAUUCUAGGGAAUGAAGUACCUUCACAACACCGCUGUCAGGUUCCAUGGAAACCUGACGUCAUCUCGGUGUGUGAUUGACAGUCACUGGGUUGUAAAGAUCACCGACUGGGGUUUGCACGCCUUUAAGGCUGGACAGGAAAAAGUCAAUGUGAACCCAAAGAAGGUUUAUACAGGUACAUUUUCAGGAACAAAGACGUUAAGGUGACUUCCCCGAAAAUAAAAGAGUGGGAACAAUUUUGCUUUUGUUUACCUACAUUGUACCACUUUCAAUGAGGUCCUUUACGAGUAGAACGUUGCGUGACCUGUAACUGGAACGUAUCAUGACAACAAAGGUAGAGGUAGAAAAAAGCAUGUGUACAGCCCCUCCCCUUCCCCUUUGGAAAAAAUAGGGAAAUUGACCCCUCUCCCGGUGAUUUUUUUCCGGAGGGGAGGGGAAGGCUAUACAUAGGCUAACGUAGAAGAAACCAAUGCGUUAAGACUGCAAAGCUUGUAGGCUGAUGGAAAGUAUUAGUUUCAUCUAGGUGCACAAGUUGGAUUCCCUCGCCAAAAUGUUUUGGAACUGCCCCUUCACUAGAGAGGAAACAAUCUGAACUUGACUACCCUUAGUGUCUAUCCUCGGGCAAGACUUAAAUUAGGCCUAACUUUGUUGAGCUGGCUUUACCACGCUAAUAUGGUUAAGUGUUACCAAUCUAAUUUCUAAAAAAAUAUGCGCUUUGUCUUUAAUUUGAACAGAUCUUCUGUGGACCGCACCAGAGCAUAUCAAUAUAGCCAAGGUUGAGCGAGAGGGUUUUUCUCAGAAAGCUGACGUGUACAGUUAUGGAAUACUCUUGCAGGAGAUGGCUACUCGUUCAGAGCCGUUCAGCGGAUGUCAGCUGGAACCCAAAGGUUCAAGGGUUAAAUUAAGCUUGCAGGCGGGAAGCUGACUCGUCCCCAGUCGUCUCUCUCUGUCUCUCCUUAGUGGCGCCAGGGGUGUGAUGGGAAGGAGGAAAGCAAGAUAGAGAGACGUCCUUCCCUUUCCCUUCCCAUCACCCCCUGCUCCCGCCGCGCGCGUUACGCGAAGACGACUGAGGACGAGUCAGGGCUGGUGGGUUUAUUUUGCGAAUGCCGCUGACGGAUCUCCGUCGUUUGCAACCACUCUGUCAGGAGAGCGACACACUAAAAAUCUCUCAGUUUUGAGCCAGGUUUUGAUUACGUGCUAUACAAAGUUGUUAUCAAACCAGAACGAAGCCGCCCCGUCCCUCACUCCCCAAUAAAUGUUCCUUUGUCCUAAAAAACAGUGGUACGAUUCUAACUCAAAGUCAAAUCUCAGCCUCGUAGUCACGAAUCUUAAGGUCCCUAUUAUUUGCUCAGACCACCACUCUACACAGAGUAACGCUGUAAGUUUUUUUACAGAAAUCAUUCACAGGGUGGUUAUGCAUGAAGACCCGCCAUUUCGCCCCAACAUUCCUUGCAUUGAGAUAAAGCCAGAGUAUAUUGAUCUGAUGGUGGAUUGCUGGAAUGAUGACCCGGAGGAACGACCACAUUUUUAUCGAAUUGUGGAGAGGCUCAAGAAAAUCAGCGGCAGGUACAGUUUCAGUCUUAUCGUAUUUGAUAGAGAUCUGGGUUUUGCUUCUCCAUAAGGUGAAAUAUUUGAUUGGAUCCUGUAAAUUAAAUAUCGCAAUCGAUCCCUGGCACCGAGAUUACACAUGAAACAAGUUAUCAGCUGCAAGACAAGUCAGCGACGGCUGUGCACUAUUACGAGCCCAUAGCCCGGAAGCAAGUAACUUUUAUGUACCUUGGUAGCAGUGCAAGUGUUUUCACAAAUUAGUUUCUUUUUAGAACGAUUUUUGCUUGAGUUAAGAAUAUAUCUUGUAAGUCCCACAAACAAGUCAUGAAAACCCUCGGACCUGAAAAUGGUAGUUUUGAACUUUUAAUGACGUUUAGGUUUCUUUUUUCAUCUUACUCUUCCAACGCGCACAUAGACGGAGCGGAGCAUUUAUUUGCGCUGGAAAAAGUGCCACAAAAUGUUUCUAAGAUAACACCAGUCCAUGAAAACGCCGUGACAUAGGCCUUAUAAUGCUCGCCCCAGUUUAAGAACUGUAGGCAUUAUUAUGUGUUCGCCUCAUACCGAUCGAGUAAGGAACCAAACCAAAUAGAAGAAGAGCAGAAAGAAGAAAAAGGUGCAAGUUUUACUAUCUUGCAACCAGUUGCUGAAUUGCGGAGGGACCAGAGAGGUGAAAACGAACGUCAGCAUGUGUGGUACCUGUGCAUUCCUUUCUAUGCUAGGUAGCCUCGCAGCUGUCAGCCAAAACCCCACUAACUACUUGUAAGGUCGGAAUUCGUAUGGUUAACCUAACACUAAAUGGAAAUAAUUUAUGCUUCUUUUCCACCUUUUUUUAGGGGAUCAAACAUCAUCGAGAACAUGGUUACUAUGAUGGAGAAACAUGCUAAUCAUCUUGAACAGCUGGUAGAGGAACGGACCAGGCAGUUGAACGAGGAGAAAGAAAAGACCGAGAAAAUCCUCUGCCGAUUACUGCCACCGUAAGUAUUAAACUUACUAAACCCCUCGUUACGGUAUCCUCUAUAAUAAAGACCUUUAGAUUGGAGGACGAGGACGACUACUUGUACAGGGACGAGAUUUUUUCAAUACUAAGUAGUAGGGGCGCGUGAACCAGCGUCAUUUUGGAGGGAAUACGUGAUAGUCGUUGUCAUUUACGAAUUUUAGCGAGAAUUUUGCAUUGGCGGAAAAAAGAGAUAUGGCUUUUGCGAUAGGAGCGAGAUCUCCGAACCAAAAAAAAACCACUUUUUUACAAAGAAAAAUAAUUUAACACGCGUUGAUUCUACAAUACGGAGAAAUGAAUAAAUUUUUUGAUAUCAGUACUACAAUUAAUCAAGAGAUGAAUGAGCCUCUUUUGACUUUGUACAUCUCUUUCUCCAUAAUAUUUACCAUCGGCUCCCCAUCACAAUCACAGCAGUACUCUUUGGUCUCCAACAGACCAAACUAGAUACACAUACAAUCCCUACCUAUAUAAAUAUAGCAAAAAGGCCGUUUUGUCCAUUUGCGGUCCCUUUAAGAAAGUUCUUAUUGCAAAUCCCAUAUUGAGGCGAGACUGUUGUUUAAUUUCAGUUUGGUACUAGAACAGUUGAAAAGCCAUAAUUCCGUGCAGGCUGAAGAGUUUGAAGAAGUCACCAUAUUUUUCAGCGACAUCGUUGGCUUUACGAAACUAGCUUCUGUCAGCACACCAUUGCAGGUAACUAGCCAUAUAGUUUAAAGAACAAACUACAAUCAUGGAAAAAAGCUAGUCUCGAGACAAAUUUGUAGACACUUGCCUAACCUCUUACACCCACAAACAACUUUGGAAGUGUGUAUGACGAAUUUUCUCGCGUUCCAACAUGGUAUAGGGUUGGUGGAGGGAGGACUGCAAGGCAUUUUUGAUAAGAUUGCUAGCACUCGUUUCAUGAGAGCAAUCAGAAGUUACAGACUGAGUUAUCAACACUGCAUCACUGUCCCAAGGACUUUGUUCAACAUUUUGUAGACCCUAAAACUUGAAUUAUUCAUAUCUAAUAGAGACUGAUGUCCACACAGAGGUUGAUAUUUGGGGAACAUGCAGAUUAUUUCUGUAGUUAUCAUUACAACAAAUUUAAGAUUUCCUCUUUUUGAGAGGGGACCACCUUUGUCACGCACCACUGAAUUAUUCGAGCAGGCUAAAUGCUUAACAGAAGAGUGCUUCGCCCUCAAUUAUCUAAAGAUCCAGAGUGUGGAUUCAGCCGGAAUUUGUCCCCACAAACUACAACUCGGCAUACCUGCGUUUUAUCUUAAUGUAGACUUUUUAAGGCAACAAUGUCUUUUUCUUCUGUUCUCCUGGCAAUUUAUUCACUUAAUUGGAGAAAUUUAGAAUCACGUUUACGGGGGAAUGGAAAACGUCAAUUCGUACCACGUGACCAAGUUUUCCCGUUACUUUUCGUCUAUUUCCUUAUAUCUACACACAAAUAAACAGAGUUUCAUGUCAGGUUUAUCCAUGAGACUUACUUUGCAAAGUUUUUGACUGUUUAUUUCCUUUUUCAAUUGAGAAAUCGUCCUCUUACGUUUGUCGUUUGCCGUAAACUAUUCUAAAUCUCUCCAUUGUUUCACUUUGCAGAUUGUGGACUUUUUAAACGAUUUAUACGUGGCCUUCGAUGAGAUCAUUUGCCGCUUCGAUGUUUACAAGGUACUAGAGAUCUAGUAUUGCUCGAUUCUAGCUGAAUAAAGUAAGAAAGACGCCGUUUUUAACUGGAAAUCAUAGUGACCUUUCUUCCACGCGUCAUAUCAGCCUAAGUGGAUUAUUUCUUGCCUUGUCUCUAGGCCUCAUUAUUCCGCGCGGUCAAUUCGUUUCGGGUCGCCUGUUCGCCUCGAGUACGUCACCGAAGUGAAUUGACCGAGAAGGCCUGGGAAAACGACGUACAGGGACUAGGCAAGGUUAUUUUCUGUUCUCAUCUAUCAGUGUCUUUAGCAAAGGGCCUGAACAAUCUUCCGUUCUUGAUUAGAGCCUUUUAAAAAAAUUCUUUUAAAGGAAAAAAAUUCUUAUUAUUGAAAUCCGAAUUCUGUUUUUCCGUGUGAACCUCGGCUCCGGUAUGCUGUCCCACGGAACGGUCAGCCUACGCAGGUUAGCGCCCCUUUUAGUUUUUGGAAGAUCAAUAGAUCAGUUAUUUACCACGACGACGCAUAUCAUAGCCGGAUCCAAUCACUAAGUUGCGUAUUGCCUAGGCCUCUGAACAGUCAUCAAAUUUCGUUAAACACUAAACGAAAACUGAGUAUCUUUCCAGUGUCACACCCAGUCUCAACCAACUAAUCAAACUUCCCGAUGUGUGUACUUCUUCUCUCCAUCCCAACUGCUGCGAGUGUCGUUGUUUAAUACUUGAAUCAAUAUUCUCGGCUAGAUGGCUUUCACGGAGCUUGUAAAAUCUUAUUUCAGCGCCGAGUUUGAGUAAACCAAUAAUGGUUUAAAAUUUUGUAUCAGGUGGAGACAGUAGGCGAUGCGUACGUAGUUGUCAGCGGCUGCCCCAUGUUGAAUGGUAUCAAGCAUGCGGGUGAGAUAGCAAGUAUGGCUCUCGAGCUUCUUAGUCACAUGGCGGUGUUUCGUGUACGUCAUCUGCCAGAACAUCAACUGCAGCUGCGUAUUGGCAUACACACUGGUAAGUGUGUCGUC